GAUUGAAGAAAACGAGGAGCAUGAAGAAAUGAAUAAAGAGGAGCAGAAGCAACAUGUCAAAACUGGAGAAAACUCUUUGAGUCGCUCUCAAACAAAACAGAAAGAUUUAAAGAAGAGAAGAGACAAGAAAUCUUUCACCUGCACUCAGUGUGGAAAGAGUUUGAGAAGCAAACAUGGUCUUGAGAUGCACACGAGGAUCCACACUGGAGAGAAACCAUACAGAUGUGAUCAGUGCGGGAAGAGCUUCAGACAAUCAUCAAACCUUAAGAGACACAUGAACAUCCACACUGGAGAGAAACUUUAUAAUUGUGAUCAAUGUGGCAAAACAUUUUUGACGGCUUCAAACCUGAACAGUCACCUGAAUGUUCAUUCAAAGGAGAAACCACAUUCAUGUUUAUGUGGAAAGAGGUUUUCACAUCUGAAGGGUUUAAAAGUCCAUCAGAAGAUACACACUGGUGUGAAAGAAUAUAUGUGUUUUGAGUGUGAGAAGACUUUUAUUACAACUGCAGAAUUGAAGCAGCACCAGAGGAUCCACACCGGAGAGAAACCUUACAAGUGUUCACACUGUGACAAGAGAUUCAGUCAUUUAGGAUAUCUGAAAUCACAUGAGAGGAUCCACACUGGAGAGAAACCUUACAAGUGUUCACACUGUGACAAGAGAUUCGGUCAUUUAGGAACCCUGAAAACACAUGAGAGGAUCCACACUGGAGAGAAACCUUACAAGUGUUCACACUGUAACAAGAGAUUCGGUCAUUUAGGAACCCUGAAAACACAUGAGAGGAUCCACACUGGAGAGAAACCUUACAAGUGUUCACACUGUGACAAGAGAUUCCGUCGGUUAGGACAUCUGAAAAGACACGAGAGGAUCCACACUGGAGAGAAACCGUAUCACUGCACUGUAUGUGGGAAGAGUUUCCGUAAUUCAUAUUCUCUACUUAAGCAUAACAAAGAACAUUCACAGUCAGUAGUAGGGGAUACACAGACUAAUCGACUACUCGACAUCAAUGCUCUGCCAUGAUGCUUUAAGCUUGAUGUUGAUUAGUCGCUGGUCCUAUAGAUGGCACAACAGGAUAAUAAACCUUUGAAGGACUUCCACAUUUAUGCUCUGUUUCCAAACAGUUCCAUCAAUAUAUUGUAGCAUUGCAGCUGAUCCUCCUUUGCUUCUCUUGUAAAGAGGGAUGUAGACCAG